GGGGGGGGGGCGGCCAUGGCGGCAGAGGGGGGCGCUCCGCCGCCGGGCGUGGGGGAGGAGGAGGAGGAUGACCUCGGGUACCGGCUGUUCCCGGACCGCAAGAAGAAGCCGCAGAGCUUCCUGGUGCGCAGCCUCUUCACCUUCCACAACCGCUGCCAGCUGAUGCUGCGGAUGAGCCUGGAGACGAAUGACUUUCAAAACCUUUCUCUAGAGAAAUUGAUUGCAGCAAUGUUUUUCUAGAUCCAUAUGCUCAACUGCUUCUUGCGGCUAUGAAGCAAUCUGGUUGCACUGUCUUCAAUGACCGGCACUUUUCUUGCGAAAACUGCGAUGGCUGUGUCAGUGGAGGUUUUGAUUCUGCCACAUCUCAGAUUGUUCUGUGUCAGAACAAUAUUCGCCAGCAAUCCCAUAUGAACCGGGUGGUUGCGCAUGAAUUGAUACACGCUUUUGAUCACUGCCGUGCACAUGUUGACUGGUUUAAAAACGUCAAACACUUAGCCUGUUCAGAGAUUCGAGCUGCUAAUCUCAGUGGAGACUGUACGCUGAUGAAUGAAAUAGCCAGGUUUAAAUUUGGAUUGAAAGCACACCAUCAGACUUGUGUACGAGACAGAGCAAUUCGUUCCAUUCUGGCUGUUCGAAAAGUUAGCAGAGAGACUGCGGAAAAAGCUGUGGAUGAAGUGUUUGAUGCCUGCUUCAAUGAUCUGGAACCAUUUGGAAGAAUCCCGCACAAUAAAGCAGAUGCAAAACGUGCUUAUAAAGACUUUCUGAACAGAGAUCGCUACAACGCUAAUUUGUAGAGGAAAAAAAUGUGAAAAACUAUCUUAAUAGCUGGUUGUUCUAUAGUAUCUGGAAUUACAAUCUACCCCCACAAUGCUGGUGGAAAGGGGCAAUUCUUUCAAAUGCAUCAGUUCAUUUUGUAAACUUUUUCAAGGAGCCAAUUUCCAUCAAGGUAAAUGAAGUAAAUGAACUUGAC